ACAGAUAGCUUUGCUUUCGUUGGAAAGUGCGCGCCAAGGCGCAUGCGCAAAGCACUUCAUGUACCUCAUCUCUGUGCUGCUGCCCAGUCUCCAAACAAGCGGCGACUGCGAGCAACUGGGAUCACUACACGCUAACCCCUUUCCUGGAGCCCCCGAGCGGAGGUCCUGCAAUGGGAUGUGAUUUCUCUCAGAGGACUGAAGAGCAAACUAAAAACAUAAAGAGAGAGAGAGCGUGAUAACUGCAAAUAAGUCUGCCUGUGCAGAAUAUUAAAAAGGCCCUCCCUGUAAAGUUAUCCCCCCUCCCCUUUCCAAAAUGUCAACGGUCACUUCAGCAACUCCAGAGCCUCCUACAGUAUCCAACCCUCCUCCUCCUGAGGUGACCAACCCCACCAAACCUGGUCGGAAGACUAACCAGCUCCAAUACAUGCAAAAUGUAGUUGUCAAGACACUGUGGAGACACCAGUUUGCAUGGCCUUUCUACACACCUGUUGAUGCCGUCAAGCUUGGUCUUCCAGACUAUCACAAAAUAAUAAAGAACCCAAUGGACAUGGGUACUAUCAAGAAAAGACUGGAGAGUGUUUACUACUGGAGUGCAAGCGAGUGUAUGCAAGACUUCAACACAAUGUUCACAAACUGUUAUAUUUACAACAAGCCAACAGAUGACAUCGUGUUAAUGGCACAAGCGUUAGAGAAGAUUUUUCUUCAGAAAGUGGCACUGAUGCCUCAGGAGGAGGUUGAGCUUCUUCCUCCUGCCCCAAAAGGCAAAGGUCGUAAACCAGCAGGGCCAGGUCAGCAAGAUGGAGCAGCCCCCUCUGACUCGCCCACCUCAGUUUUCCCUGGGGCCACCUCUCCGGGUCCACAGACAGCGGUUGUAACCACACCUGCUGUACCCAUCAUUACCCCCAGUAUGCCAGCUGUACAGAAUACAAACACCGUCGCCACGAUACCAAGCAUGCCCCCAUCGCAACCUGUUGUCAAAAAGAAGGGGGUAAAGAGGAAAGCAGACACAACCACCCCCACUACCUCUGCCAUCACUGCUAGCCGGAGUCAGUCGCCAACGCCGCUUUCAGAUGGAAAACCAAGCAAGGUGGCAUCAAGGAGGGAGAGCACUGGCCGCCCCAUCAAACCCCCUAAAAAAGACUUCGAGGAGGAUGACUUAAGUGCGCAGGGAGGCAAAAGGAGUAGACUUACGGAGCAGCUCAAGUACUGCGAUGUCAUUCUAAAAGAGAUGCUCUCGAAAAAACACGCCGCAUAUGCUUGGCCCUUUUACAAGCCUGUCGACGCGGAGGCCCUUGAGCUGCACGACUACCAUGAAAUAAUCAAACACCCAAUGGACUUAAGUACAGUCAAGAAAAAAAUGGAUAGUCGAGAUUACCAAGAUGCACAGACGUUUGCUUCGGAUGUCAGGUUAAUGUUCUCAAAUUGUUACAAAUACAACCCACCUGAUCAUGAAGUGGUCGCUAUGGCCAGAAAACUGCAGGAUGUCUUUGAAAUGCGUUUUGCGAAGAUGCCCGAUGAGCCGGUGGAGGUGGCUGGGGCUGGCGGUGUAGGCGGGGCCGGUGUGGUCAGUAAGAGCACUGUCAGCAGUGAGAGCAGUGGAGACUCCUCCACCUCUGACAGCUCUGACUCCGAGGAGGAGAGGGCCACCCGGCUCGCCGAGCUGCAGGAACAGGUGGGUGCUGAACAGUGUAUCUCUAUGGAGCACCCCAUUGGUAGCAGACAGGGGAUAAAAAACGGGUGCACCAAGAAUAAUCAGCUGAAAGCGGUCCACGAACAGCUAGCCGCUCUGUCUCAGGCCCCUGUUAGCAAACCAAAGAAAAAGAAAGAGAAUGAAAAGGACAAGAAAAAGAAAGAGAAAGAUAACAAGCACAACAAAACAAAGCCAGAGGAGAAAGGCAAGCCAGGACAACCAGCAAAACCAGCCCAGCAAAAGAAGGGUCCAGCCAGAAAGGCCAACAGCACUGUCCCGGGCAACAGGCAACCAAAGAAGGGUGGCAGGGGCUAUGACUCUGAAGACGAGGAGAUGUCGCUUCCUAUGACGUAUGACGAGAAACGGCAGCUGAGCCUUGACAUCAACCGGCUGCCUGGAGAAAAGCUGGGCCGAGUGGUCCACAUCAUUCAGUCCAGAGAGCCCUCGCUGCGGGACUCCAACCCCGAUGAAAUUGAAAUAGAUUUCGAGACGCUCAAACCUUCCACUUUGCGUGAGCUGGAAAGAUACGUCAAGUCCUGUUUACAAAAGAAGCAGAGGAAACCCCCACAGAAAGGAGGUUCGGGUCCCUCUCGUCUCAGUGGCAGCAGCAGUUCCUCAGACUCGGGCAGCAGCAGUUCCAGCGGCUCCACUUCAGACAGCAGCGACUCCGACUGAACACUUUUAUUUACUUUUUUAUUUUUUUAUUUUUAAAAACAUUGUAUGCAGUCAUGGUGUUUCCCCUUGGAGACUUUUUUAUAAAAAGAGACAAUAGAAAUGCAUCAUGUCAAAUUUUUUUUUUUUUGAAAUAUAAUGAAGAAAAAGCAAAUGUCUAAAUUGCCUUUCAUUUCCACUGACUCUGAAAAGGACGUCAAAAUCAACCCAACUUAAACUGCAAGGAGAGAAAGUUCAGAUGCUGGUCCCCACAGUGUCCUGGUAAUAUGUGGUACAAAAAUAAGCCAUGUCAUCACAUUAGAGGAGAGAGUGAGAGCAGGAAACUGAGAGCUCUCUUCAUUUUUCCUUCAGAAUUGAUUUUUGCACCCAUUUGUAUUAUAUUUAUUGUUUUUUUUUCUGUUGUACAUUUUUGCUGUGGCCUCAUAUUUUUUCAUUGGCACUGUGCCAUUAUUGCGUUUUCUCCUUGCAAUGCUGUCCUCUGAUAGGUGCGUGUACAUUAAUAUCGUAGCAAUCCCAAAGGGUGUAACUCAAGCAGUCUGGGGAACAAAAGGCUUUAGUUUAGGCAUUAAAAGCUCUUUAUAGUUCAUUUGAUCAUUUAUUAUAGCUGAAUUGAUAAUUGUACACAUUUAAUAACACAAUUUCAUGCUCCCUAGCUAACAGAAGUAUGAUAUCUAAAAUGCUUUUAUGGGUUAAAGAAGUUUUGUUCAAUUGCUGUUCAUGACAUAUAUAUUAAAUUACCUGGAUAACAUGCAGACAUCUUCCAGUCUUAUCAAACACAUUGGUCAGAAAUGAAUGUACAGAAUUAUACUUGUUUCACCUUUGACUGACAUUUGUACAUUAGAUGACUUUAGAUGAGACUGAAGAUGUUGGUUAUAUGUAUUUUUGGUGCGGUAAAUGUAAAUUGGAUCUUUCUUUUUACUGCCAUGUUGUACUCGCAACUGUUUUGAGAGUUAAAUCACAGAGUCUUCCUUCUUUCUAAAUUCAUGCAAAAUUGAUUUAUGAAUGUAAGUCUACAGUAGUUCCUUUCAGUUGCAAUAAUUUUGGUUUUAAAAUUUUCAGCAAUUGCUUGUGGACUGCUUGUUAUCCGUUCAUCUUUUAGAAAAUGCGGUUGAUUAUUUUCAGAAGUGUUUGUGAGAUAUUGUAAUGUCCUCUCUGAAUUUUUUUUUUU